AUGUCAGCAAACCUACAGACGAAACUAGACAACUCACUAAACGAUAUUUUGAAAACCUCAGGGUUCAUAUUCGAAAUAAUAAAUAAUAACAAGAAACAAAGUAGCUUAAUCACAGGGCCAAAUAAUCAAUUGAUACAACCAACCAUCAUACAACAAUUAACGAAUCAUAUCAACAAAUUUGAUGAAAUACUUGAUGAAACCAUAUUCAAAUUUGGAGAUGCAAAAUGGUGCAUUGAUACCAUGAUUGAAAAUAAACAAAAACAAGAAGAAUUAAAAAUAAAAGAAGAAUUGGAGAAACAGAAAAGAGAAGCAGAAGCUAAGAGACUACAGGAAGAAAUGGAGGCCAAGAAGAAAGCCGAGGCCGAAGCAGCUGCAAAGGCAAAAGUUGAGGCUGAAGCUAAAGUUAAAGCUGAAGCUGAAGCAAGGAAACAAGCAGAGAAAGAAGCAGCUGAAUUAAAACGACUAAAAGAAGAUGAAGAAAGGAAGAGAGCAGAGGAACGGAAGAAAAAGGAAGAAGAAGAAGAGCGGGAAAGACUACAUAGGGAGCAACAACAGCAACAACAACAGCAACAACAGCAGCAGCAACAAGAUUCGAGUCAAUUUGGAAAUUUUGAUGAUUUAUUAGGAUUUGAUGUUAGUGUAAUGCCGCAAUCAAUGGAUCAAAAGAUGAAUGAUGAUAAUGACUUCAUGUCCUCGAUCAAUUAUAAUGACAUGAAUAUGGAUAUACCCAUGGAUGGUGAUAAUAAAGAUAAUGAUGUAUUUAUGAAUAUCGAUGAACCUACCAGUAACACUGGCGGCUUAGAUCAACAACAAACUUCAAAUGAUGAUCAAAAUAUUUUACAAUCUUCUUUGAAUAAUGGAGAAAAUAAGAAUGAAGAUGAUAUGGAUUUAGACAUGAACAAUUUAUUAGGUAAUGAUGAACUGAUAUUAGAUGGUUUAAAUAUGAGUUUGUUGGAUUCUGAUAUAGAGGGAGAUGAAAACACUAACAAUAAUGCUACAAUGGGUGAUGAGUUUGAUGUUGAUAAUUUUUUGAAUCAAUUUAGUAAUUAA